GGGCACCUCAGCUUGGCAGCAAGAGCAGGCAGAGCACGUCAGGAAAAGCCACACUGGUGCAACUUCCUCUGUACCUGCUUAUUUCCAGGAGUUUUAAAGGAUCCUCAUAAGUAAGGGGAUAUCCUUCACAGAGGAAAAGGCUCCUUGUUUAUGGGGUUGCUUCUUCUGAUGGUCUCUACUAGGGCCUCCUGGCUUGCAAAGUACUUGGAAAAUACCAGCAUCCCACUCAGAGAUCCCAACAUGCAGAGCAAGGCAGUCACACACAGCAGAGUGGUGGAAGAUCAUGGAUGCCGAGUCUUCUGCACUGGCACUUAGCUCUCCUGUGUGGCUGCCAGGCAAACUGCACCUUCUGUCUGGGGACAGAACAGGCUGAAGCAGAUUUGAGGGCUGCAUGGUCCUGAGCCUGUGUGCUCUCUAUGGCAGCAUCACACACAGGCUGGGAUAGGAUGGGAUGGAGGGGAUAUCAGGAAAAAAAAGUAUUUGUUAUUUCUGUUCCUGAAGCAGACAAGGCCUUUCUUCAGAACUGGGAAUUUCAAGGCUUAAGGCAGCUUCUUCCCACUGAUCCCUAUCACACUUGGUCGUCUGUUAAAUUCUCUGACCUGUGGCCUGCAGCAGCCCCUCCUUGCAAGAACAGCACUGGAGCUGUUAAUAUUUUACCUCCAGCUAUCUUUUACUCCCCAAGUCCUUCUGCUCCCACCCAAAUCAGCUCAGACACCAGGUCUUGUGACUCUAACAGCCAUGAGCUUGUGCAGAAAGAGCAGAGAGGAGAGAGGCUGCCCUGGAGCCAGUGACCUGCUUGCAUUGGCUGCCUGUGGGUGGAGGGUGGAGCAGAGUCCACCUGGUGCCCUCUGAAACACAGGACUCCUCUGCUGGGUGUUUGCAAAGAUCUCUGGUAAGGGCUGAAGCUGUAUAAAAAUCCAAGGACCUCAGCACAGAGUAUCCUUGGGGCACAACCCAAAUUCUGCUGCAGUGCUGUGGGAACAGCAGAGGGGAGCAGGCAAAAAUGUCAAGGCCGGUGCAAGCUCGGAGGCUGGAGGGAAUAGAUAAAAAUAUCUGGGUGGAGUUUGUAAAACUGGCUGCUACCUACUCCAAGGUGAACCUGGGCCAGGGCUUCCCUGACUUCCCUGCACCAGACUUUCUGACAGAGGCACUCACGAGAGCCCUGGGCGGGGGGAACCACAUGCUGCACCAGUACACCCGUGCCUUUGGCCACCCACCUCUGGUGAAGGUCUUAGCCCAGUUUUUUGAGAAGCUGCUUGGACGAGACCUGGAUCCUAUGACCAAUGUGAUGGUGACUGUGGGGGCAUACCAGGCCCUGUUCUGCUGCUUCCAGGCUUUAGUGGAUGAAGGUGAUGAGGUGAUAAUCAUUGAACCCUUCUUUGACUGCUAUGAGCCCAUGGUGAAAAUGGCUGGUGGGACACCUGUGUUUGUGCCUCUGAGACCGAAUCCUCCAAAAGAUGGAAAAUUGAUGUCUAGCGCAGACUGGCAGCUGGACCCAGCUGAACUGGCUUCUAAAUUCAGUGAACGGACAAAAGCCAUCGUCCUGAACUCGCCCAACAACCCUCUGGGCAAGGUGUUCAGCCGCGGGGAGCUGGGGCUGAUUGCGGAGCUGUGCGUGAAGCACGACGUGCUGUGCAUCAGCGACGAGGUGUACGAGUGGCUGGUCUACGACGGGAAGCAGCACAUCCGCAUCGCCAGCUUGCAGGGGAUGUGGGACCGCACGGUGAUCAUCGGCAGCGCUGGGAAGACCUUCAGUGCCACUGGAUGGAAGGUGGGCUGGGUCGUGGGACCUGACAGGCUGCUGCAGCACCUCCGCACUGUGCACCAGAACUCCGUGUACCACUGUGCCACAAUUGCCCAGGAGGCUGUGGCUCAGGGCUUCCAGAGGGAGCUCACGCUCUAUGGAAAACCAGAGAGCUACUUUGUCCAGCUGCCCAAGGAGCUGCAGCAGAAGAGAGACUGGCUGGUUCAGAGCCUGGAUGGGGUGGGGAUGAAACCCAUCAUCCCAGAGGGCACCUACUUCCUGGUGGCAGACAUCUCCCCGUUCAAAUCUGAUGUCCCUGAUGUCCCCAGCUCAGAUGAGCCCUACGACUCCAGAUUUGCCAAGUGGAUGGUCAAGAACAAGGGGCUCGCUGCCAUCCCGCUCUCCGCGUUCUACAGCGAGGCCCACAAGAACAACUACACCAAUUUCAUCCGGUUCUGCUUUGCAAAGGAGGAAGCUACCCUGAAGGCAGCAAGUGACAUAUUGCAAAAAUGGAAACAGGAGAAAGCCAGCUCCUGAAUACACUGAGAGAACCAGGCUCUCCCUGGCCCUCAGCUUCCCCAGCUGCUCUUCUUCUUCACUUGUCUACAAACUUUGGUAUCUUCUUCAGUGCUUUCAACAACAUUUUCUGACAGACAAACAGUUACGUUUUUCCAGGCCCAGGGCCUGGGGGACAUUUUCAAUCACUGUGAAAUGAUUUCAAGAAAUGAGACUUUGUGUGCACUGACAGCAUUUGACAUUUCUUACAUGUGAAAACUGAUAAUCAGUUCUGGGAUGCGUCCAGCAACAGACAAGGUGAGGAUGGCUUCUGGGCUCUGUCUCAUCACCAAAUUCUGAAAAGGUGUUUCUCAGGGCUUGGCAGCAUCAUCCAAGCUCCAGAGCAAAACUUUUUCUGGCCUUUGACAAAUGCACACCGUGGCUGGGGAGAAUGGGCACCGUGGCUUUGGCUGCUCCUACUGCUGGUGGCCACCACAACCUCCCACCCAGUGAGCUGGUGGGGUAACAUGAGCAAUUCUGGAGAGGUAAUUCUUGCAUCAGUGUUGAUUUCAGCCUGGAUAAGAGGGUAAAUCAUCAUCAUCAUCAUCAUCAACCACGCGGGAGUUGUGUGCAACAGACUGCGAGGAGUGUUUGUAGCAGUUAAAUUAUUAAAGAGGAAUUACUGCAAUCAUGGAAAA